UAUUUCUUAGAUUAUUCAGUAUCUUAUAGAGAACUUUUUUUUUAAGGUUUAAAAAUCAUUCAGUAUCCUAUAGAGAAGUUUCUUUAAGGUUUAGGAACUAGAGAAGUGGUGAAAGAAUUCAUAUGUACUUUACUCAUGAACAAAGUAAAGUUCAUUUCUCUUUUUUUGUUUGGGCUGUCAGGAAACAAUUUUUAGCCCAACUCAAACAACUGAGUAAGAUACUGCAUCCAUCCAAUUCCUAUAUUAACCUUUUCCCCUUUCACAAUUCCUUCUCUUCCUAGUAAUCUUUUUUUAUUGGCCUUGCUUUUUAAAAAUUAAAAAUGUUUUGUUUUACUAUAUUCUUAUGUAUUUAUAAACUGCUUCAAAUCUCAAAUCCCUUGUGGGUUGUGAACCUAAGUAACAAACAGAAAAGUCUCUAAAAUAAAAGUUAUGUUUUGAGAAUGGAGCAUUUCAAUGGGAAAACAAAUGCCAUAGUACACUAUGUGCAUAUUCAAGAAGGCAAAGGAAGCCAAAGGGUUUUAAAGGAAAAAAAAAUGAGGAUGAUUACAUACUUCUUUUGAAAUAAUUCCCUUGGCUACAAAGGUCAAUAACGGGUGACCUCAGUUGAAGGUUGGACAGACAGUUUCUGGGCAGACAUCCUUGCAGAGGCUUUUUUUGUAUAAGGUUGUGAUGGUCUUUAUGGUUUUUGCAGUCUUUGUUUUCAGGCGUACAAGCAUGAGUACCCUCUCUUCAUGUCCUUCCAUGGUUCUAGUUGUCAGAGAUUUGUUUGUUACCCUACUGCAGUAAGUACUGAUUGGUUGCUGGCUCAAAACAAAAUAUCUACUUAUAAAAAAAUGACAAGAACAACUGAAGACAAUUUUUGUAAGCAAUGUUGUAUUCUACAUUCAUUUUGCUUUGUGUUUUAAUUUUUUUCAUUGACAAAUAAUAAUUGUCAUUCAUGUCAGACAUAGUGAUGCUUCCAUACUUAUGGAAUGUAGUGAUCAGGUUAGGGUAAUUAGCAUAUCCGUCAUCCAACUGAGGACAUCUAGAAUGGCCCAGGUAUUAAACCGUAUUAGUAAAUGAUUAAUUUUCUGAAGACGUGCUGAGUAUUAUGAUUAUGAAAAAAUGUCCUUAGAGAUGCACACUUAAGUACGUAGGGGUGUGGUGUCUUAUCUGCAGAUUUAGGAUGAUUCAUCAAAAAAAAAUUUACAAGCAUUUAUAGAAAGAUAAAAAAAAAAUGGCAAAAUGUGUUGAAUUGUUGAGUCUGGGUUUUAAAUAGUAUUAUUGAAUUAGGGUGGAUAAACCUAGAGUCUGUUGCUAUUUUUGCCAGUUAUUAUGACAUCACCAGAAAGCUGGAAUUACUCCCGUGCCAAAGCACCCUCAAAUCUCGCGAUACUACGGCCUUAGUGGCGCGCGAAACGCGGGAGGCGGGGCUGAGGCGAAAACGACUGACUUCCGGCCAGGCCGUUGUCUGGGUGGCGCGGUCGAGUCAUCGCUCGGCCUUACUGCUUGGUUCUCCGGUCCCUCCCCGCGCCCUGGCGCGGGGGGUCGACCAACCAAGUGAGGCGGGAGGCGACUCUGACCUUCCCUCCAUUUCGUUUUGGCCAGUGCCGGAAGCUACCAGCCCUGGGGCCUGGGAUACUGGGAGCCCUUGAGGCCCUGUCUGAGUGGCCGGGGCCUACUGCGGCCCGCCGCCGGGCCUCAUGAGGCAUAGCCUGACCAAGCUGCUGGCAGCCUCGGGCAGCAACUCCCCAACCCGCAGUGAGAGCCCGGCGCCGGCUGCAACCUGCUCGCUGCCUUCGGACCUGACUCGGGCGGCGGCGGCGGCGGGGGAGAAGGAGACGGCAGCGGCCGGAUCUCCCGGCCGCAAGCAGCCGCUUGGCGACGAGGGCGAGUUCGAAGCCAGGAGGGGGAGCCGCGGCGGAGUGGCCGUGCGCGCGCCCUCGCCCGAGGAGAUGGAGGAGGAGGCGAUCGCCAGCCUCCCGGGGGAAGAGACGGAGGAUAUGGACUUUCUGUCUGGGCUGGAAUUGGCGGAUCUCCUGGACCCCAGGCAGCCGGACUGGCACCUGGAGCCCGGGCUUAGCUCGCCGGGGCCUCUCUCCUCCUCUGGUGGAGGCUCGGAUAGCGGCGGCCUGUGGAGAGGGGACGACGACGACGAGGCCGCUGCAGCUGAAAUGCAGCGCUUCUCUGACCUGCUGCAGAGGCUGUUAAACGGUAUCGGAGGCUGCAGCAGCAGCAGUGACAGUGGUAGCGCCGAAAAGAGGCGGAGAAAGUCCCCCGGAGCAGGCGGCGGUGGUGGCGGCAGCGGCAGCGACAACAACCAGGCGGCGACAAAGAGUCCCCGGAAAGCGGCGGCGGCCGCUGCCCGCCUUAAUCGGCUAAAGAAGAAGGAGUACGUGAUGGGGCUAGAGAGUAGAGUCCGGGGUCUGGCAGCCGAGAACCAGGAGCUGCGGGCCGAGAAUCGGGAGCUGGGCAAACGCGUACAGGCACUGCAGGAGGAGAGUCGCUACCUACGGGCAGUCUUAGCCAACGAGACUGGACUGGCUCGCUUGCUGAGCCGGCUGAGCGGCGUGGGACUGCGGCUGACCACCUCGCUCUUCAGAGACUCGCCCGCCGGUGACCACGACUACGCACUGCCGGUGGGAAAGCAGCAGCAGGACCUACUGGAGGACGACGACUCGGCGGGAGGAGUCUGUCUCCAUGUGGACAAGGAUAAGGUGUCGGUGGAGUUCUGCUCGGCGUGCGCCCGGAAGGCGUCGUCUUCUCUUAAAAUGUAGGGUCAAGUAAUCUGCUCUUUAUCCGCGUUUACCCCUUUCAACUCCCUUACACCAUGUCAAACACCUUAGUGGGACAUCUUCACCGGACACAUUUCAGAGGAGAAAAAAAAGUAGUAUUGAAUCUUAAAGUGUUUAGCUAAAAGCAUGAAUGUGACACAGUAACCAACUCCUAAUGAUAACAUGUGACUAUUAAAUCUCUCUGACAGUUUCUUUUUUAGGUGAUUUCCUUCCUGCCAGGCUCCGUUGUAGGGGUUACAGAACAGUCGUUCCCGCCUCACAACCUGACUUGCGUGUACCUAGCUCUUCUGUCCCCAGUGUGGACAUGGCCUUGGAUGACAUCGAUUCCAACUGUACACUGAAAGCUGCUUAUAGAGAUACAGUUUGGAGACAGUGAAACAGGUGAAGUUGAAUGGAAGUUCCGAGUUGUACAAGGUGCAAAUUGGAAUUCCUAUUUUAGGGCAACUUUUCAGAGGUUGACAAUAAGUGUUUGGGGCAUGCACAAAUGUGAUAUUUUGCUGGAGGUGACAGGUAUCUCUUAAAUAUUCAACAAUGCCUUUUAGUUUUCAGUAGGAGAUAUAGAAAGUCUAUUCAGAGUAACAGAUUUUAAUAUCUCACCGUUAAAGAAGUUGGAAAUUAACAUGCAUACCAGACUCCUGUGUUUUAGUUAGUUGGAGAAUGAGAAUGGUUAAUGUUUCUUUGAGGACCAGCAGUGAUUACCCUAUCACUGAGUAUGAAUAACUUGUUGAACAUCUUUAUUUUUGUUGUAUUAAAAUUUUAGGUUAAAUUUAUAUAUGUACGAUUAGAUAUUGAAGGUUGUGAAAUGUGAAUGAAAACGUGUAAAGUGAGGCUUCACAAAGAAUCUUAUUCUCUGUAUUUCAAAAGUAUUUGUCCUGUUUAAAAAUAAUGUUUAAAAUUCAGUGGUUCUGGCCACUAAAAUGACACGAUUGGCGCUAUUUCCCCAAAGGUGGGAUUUAUUCUUCCCUUAAAUAUGUUAACCAGUUGUAUAAAUUGAGUUAUGGUGUCCUUCACUGUAAGAGGCAUUAAGAAAUUCUUUGUGAAACAUCACUGCUUGAUAAAGUAUAUACGUAUUUAGCAUCCUUGUUUUUCUUUGUGCUAAAGUGGAUACAGCUGUUGGGGCAGAAGAGACGGGACCAGCUGCUGGCCACAUUUCCUGCUUUAUUUUAAAAGGUAGUAUAAGAAAUGAGGAAAAAGAGGUAAUAACAGGGCUUCUGCUGUCUUUUCUUUUUAAAAUGUUCAUAAUUAAAAACUAUUUUCCAGCAGUCCAAAGAUGUAAGUUAUCUUACACAUAAAAUGUCUUGCUGUUAAUUGGUUAUGCAAAUGGAAUCCUUGUUCUUGCACAACUGUAAAUGUUUUGUUGCUAGAUAAUACGAUUUGAGACCUAAAUUGGUCUUUGGUUUCCAGUGCAUCAUAGCACAUUUUGUAAAAUCAUCUACUGCACUUGAGCAUGAAUGGGUAGUAGCCAAACUCACAACUUGGAGUGAUGAACCUGCUUAUACCUAAGGGCAGGAGCAAGCCCCUCACAAUGCAGCUGCAUGGAUUUUUAGUGCCUACUGAAUUUUUUCUAUAUAUAUAUACAUAUAUAUAUAUAUAUAUAUAUAAACCAAAAGUAGUUGGAAAGAUUAUUUGAAAUGACUAAUUUGUGCUAUCUUUAUGAAAUAUGUUAAAUGUAGCUUUUUUGAAACAGAAGCCUUGAAUUGAAAUUUAAUACUUGAACAUUUUGUAUAUAUUUCUUUGUAUAUAAUUUUGUGCAGUACCAAUGACAAAAAUAUGAUGUCAUAAUAAAACCAGGUUUGUUGAUCUUUUAGUUAUGGGCUCAAAGAAUUUAUUCAUCUCUAACAUGACAUUGGAAAAUAAUGGAUGAAAAUAGGAAAAAUGAUUGUUGUUAAUGCUGACUGUGGGUCUUAAAAGGUUCUGGAAAGCAGUAAGUUCAUUUUUCUAAAAACUAUACCAUUCUCUUGGAAUAUUCUUCUUUACGUCAAUACUUUUACUGCAUUAUUUGGAGUUGUGGGCUGGGGAGAAAAAGUAGUCAAAGCUUUCUGAAUUGAGAUGCUUUGAAAUUCCAAGUGUAGAUUUUUAGAAUGUCAUUUUAUAAAUGGCAGUUUUUGGAAUUCCUUGAUUAAGAACUUUUGAAAAUGGAAAGAUUAGUAUGGCCUAUUUUUAAAGCUGCUGUGUUAGGUUCCUUAUGUUUUAUUAACUGUCUUUUCUCAGUUUCCAUUUCAUUGGGUUUUUUUUUUUUUUUUUUUUUUUUUUUUUUUUUUACUUAGUGAUUUUUUUCAUUUUUUUACAUCAACUUCAUGGUCUUGUUUUUACAUGGUAAUUGCAUGUAUUUAGGAUCUAAUAGGGGCUUUAAAUAAAUUUGGUCAUAUUUAUGUGUAAGCACAUUUUACUGUAAAUGUUUGGGUUUCUGAACUUAAACAGAUGUUUAUUUCAGUAUGUAGUAAACAAUAUCUUAAAGUGUCUGAUUCACUACUUGUUAAUUAAAAAAGUUAUGAUUAAUGUGAAACUGUUGUCUUACUAUUUUUAGAAAAUUGUGUUCUGGAUGGUUAGCACAUGGAUAAAGGAGAUUUCUGGAAUAUAAAAUGGAUUGUUUUUGAAAUUUCUAGGUUUGGCUCUAUUUACUGUAAUAGUUGAAAACAACUUAGUAUUUGGGCGAUCCUUUUGUCUUCUAAAUGUGCCUCUAUGGUAAAAUGAUACAGAACUAGACUAAAGAUAGAGCUUUUGAGUAUUUGUCUUUGAUGGUGGAGGAAUUCAUACAUUAAUUGAACUAACACAUCAUAUUUUGACCUACUGUUUCUAUCAUAUUGACUUACUGUUUCUGCACUUCCAUGACCAGAAUUAUCUUAAAAAGUCCGCUUUUGUUAAAAUGUAGUCUCACCUCUGAUAUAAUCCAACAAAAAGUGUUCGAAAUAUUUUAAAUAUUUGUGCAUUUUAUAAUCACUAAAUUAAUCUCUUUCUCUUCUCUUUAAACAGCUUAGCAGUGUCUGCAAAAACGAAUCUUUUCCUACAACCUGUUAACUGACUGGACUGAUGGUAACAAAGUAAUUGUGAGAGCCAUGUCGGUCAAAAAUUUGGCAUCUGCUGAAAAAAAUGAAUGCCAUUUUCAAGUUCCCAAAUUACUUCUAUACUGAUUUCACUUUCCAGAAAUGGAGAUAUGAAAAGAUUCUCUGGAAUCCUUGAAAGACUUAAUAGAGAUUGAUGAGACUAAGUUAAUCUUGGAACAAAAUUACACCUUUUUUGUCUUU